GAUACAGUACCUUUGGCCAGACAUGUCCAGUGUUCAGUUAGAAGUUAAGGGUGGUGCUGCGACAGACUGCAUGUGGCCCACAACUUCUUUCUUAAAAUCUUUAUUUUAUGGAUCUCCAUCAAGCGGAAUGGCAGCGGCGGCCCCCAACCCGGAGGAUUCAACCAGAAGCAGCAGCGGCGGCGGUGGAACCGGCACACCCAGCGCCCUAACAGGAGACGGGGACGCGGAAGAGGCCGAGGACUUCACGUCUUCGUCGCACUGCUCGGAGCUGUCUCGGCGGCAGAACGACCAGAGGAAGCAGGGCUUGUUCUGCGACGUGACACUGGCCUUCAGCAGCGGAGCAGCCAGCGGCAGCAUCCAGACCUGCGAGUUUUCCGCCCAUAGGUCUGUCCUGGCGGCGGCCACCGACUAUUUCACGCCCCUGCUGGGUGGACAGUUUUCCGAGUCCUUGUCAGGAAGAGUAGAGAUGAAGGAAUGGAGCUCAGAGCAGGGGCCUGACCCGGAGACUGUGGAAAGUGUCAUACAAUACAUGUACACCGGAGAAAUACGUGUCAGCACCUGCAAUGUGCACGAAGUUCUGGAGCUGGCAGACAGGUUCCUACUGGUGCAGCUGAAGGAUUUCUGUGGCGAGUUCCUAAAGAAGAAGCUGAGUUUGACCAACUGCGUCGCUGUGCACAGUCUGGCCCACAUGUACACCCUGGACCAACUGGCGCUACGGGCUGCAGACAUGAUCCGACGCAACUUCCACAAGGUUAUUCAGGAUGAGGAGUUCUACACGCUGCCGUUUCACCUGGUUCGUGACUGGCUGUCCGAUGCAGAAAUCACAGUGGACUCCGAGGAGGUUCUGUUCGAGGCAGUUGUCAAGUGGGUACAGAAGAACUCGGAUGAUCGAGGUCGCUACUUUGAGGAGCUUUUCCGUCUCCUGAGGUUGCCCCAAAUUAAGCCCACCUACCUGACUAGGGUGGUGAAAAAUGAGCGAUUAGUAGCUGCCAACGAAGCCUGUCUUCGGCUGGUGUCGGAAGCUGUGGAAGGCCACGCAAUCCGUUUUGAAAAUCUCAAAUCUGCCGAUAUGGAGCUCUGGUCUUCCCACAUGGCUUCCUUUCAGCCACGUUUUGGCCAGAACAUGGACGUGAUCAUGGUAGUCGGAGGAGUGUCCGAAGGGGGGGACUACCUGAGUGAAUGUGUUGGCUACUUUAUUUAUGAGGACCGCUGGGUCAACCUACCACAUAUCCACAACCACCUGGAUGGACAUGCUAUUGCUGCCACAGAGUCCCAUGUCUACGUAGCUGGUUCUAUGGAACCAGGCUUUGCUAAGACUGUGGAACGUUACAAUCCCAACCGCAACACCUGGGAGCAGGUGAGUAACUUGACGACACGAAAGCAUUCCUUUGGCUUGACCUGCAUCAAGGACAUCCUAUACAGCAUUGGUGGACAUGGAAACUUCAGUCCAGGUUUCAAAGACGUCAGUGUGUAUGAGCCUGAGCAAGACAAGUGGCACAACUUGGAGUCGGCACCCAAAAUCCUGCGGGAUGUGAAGGCGGUUAGUGUGGAGGAUCGCUACGUGUACAUCACAGCACGCACGCCUGUGGAUACAGACAAUGAAGACGGACUGAAAACAGUGACCACUCGUUAUGAUACAGAGAGCCGCCAGUGGCAAGAUGUAGAUUCCCUCCCUCUUAUCGACAACUACUGCAUCUUCCAGAUGGCUGUGGCUUCCACCAACUUCUACCACACAGCCUCCUGCUGCCCCAAGAGCUACACGGUGCGGGACGAGGUCGCCAGGCCCAAGAUCAGCCUGCGCAUCUCUGACGAGAUCCUGGAGAGCCUGCCUCCAGAGGUCACCAGCAUUGAAGGCGCCGCCAUUUGCCACUUUGAUGAAGAUGUCUUCAUCAUCGGAGGCUGGAAGAACAGCGACGACGUGGAUAAGCAAUACCGUAAGGAGGCUUAUCGCUACUGUGCUGAAAGAAAGCGCUGGAUGCUACUGCCACCCAUGCCUCAGCCUCGCUGCCGAGCCACUGCUUGCCACGUUCGCAUUCCAUACCGUUUCCUGUAUGGCUGCCAGCGGUACCCCAUGCCGCAGAAUUUGGCUCGUCAGCGAGACCGCAUGCAACAGAUGCAGCAGCUUCACCGACGCACCCUGACGCUGCGCCGACAGCUCCAGUCACAGAUAGAGUGUUAGGUUGAUGUCGACUUUAGCUCAGUAUACUCACAGUUGUCUCUGGCCAUUCAUAAAAAAAUAUAAUUCAAAUUCCUUGCAGGUCGAGUCACCUACAUUCUCACCCAGAACUCUGUGCCAUCUGGUCAAAUAUUGUGUUGUGAAAAAGCCAUUGAAUAUUUGAACAUAGUUGAGCUUGUGAAACAGGCUGGAAGUGUUUAAAACAUAUACAGGUUCACUGAUAAAUUGACAUACUACAUGUCAUCCGGUUUAUUCCUCUCAACACAUUUCUCAAAGUAUUAUGGUGUUAAAUGAUAGUUUUUAAAGAGAACAUGAUGGAAUUGUUAUGAAUUGCAAGAUAAUUUAAAUGAUAAAGUAUGGGCAGGCACUACAUGCAGUCUACAGCUAGACUAUAGGAGACUAGUUGGACACGUUAAACGUGUCCAUUCAGAUGCGCUUUAUUUUGGCCCUCCAUUUGUUUUUUGUUUUUUUUUUGCAGUUAUAUUGAAAAAAAUACUUGAAACUAACAACUAGCACCGUUUACCUGUCAGGAUAAUAUUUGUUGGUAUUAUCAACAAACCAUUUGAUUACUUUUGAAAUCCAGUUGAGAUUCUUCCAGGCUUUUUCCUAGGCUUUACUAUGCAACCAGAGUGGAAAACACGUGGCUACGUCCCUUCCUUACCCGUGUCUCUGAAAUCAACAGGUGUGUAGCAAUGUGAGUUGGCACACGGCAGAUGUAAAAAACAUGUGAAUAAGAGUGUAAAAAAAAAAAACCCCAAAACAAACGACCUAAUAUUCCUUUGUCAAAUAUGUUGGUGUAGAUGCUGUUAAAUAUUCUAAAGCUGCAUAUGUACCUAUAAAUGUAAAUUGAUAUUCUACAUUCCUUAUUUGCUCCAUGUGACGUAAAUAACCACAUUCCUGCAUUGUUUCCAAAUUACUUGAUCGGAUCUCAUUCCACUGUAACACUGUGACAAUCUCUUCGUGCAUCAAACAGUCUUACUUGUCCGUCGGUGUUCUGUUAGAACGACGGUUCUUGCUGCUGUGGUUCAACAACUCAGCCGGAAUUCAUUUGGAGAAGCGCGUUUCAUGUAAUAGUUUGCAUUUAGGUUGUAGUCUCUCUUCUGGUUCAACAGCAGUACCGAAAACAGUUGUCAUUUAUGUUGCUCAUGUGAGUAGUAAUGUUUUUUCCCCAUGGUUUAAUAAAGGAAGAGUAAGCUAUAAUGUUCCAAAAACCUUAAAAAGAUAAAAUAAUUAUUUUGAGAUUUCCUGAUGCAGAAUCCGUCGAUUUAGGCUCUGCAUCGAUCGCUAUACAUUACCAGUGGCUUAAACAUUCCUUUCUGUUGCACUUUUCGCCGGUUUGACUAUAAUUCCAUUAAUUAAAAAAAAUGAUAGAUUAUAAAUAUGAAUAUGUGGAAAGUUUGUGUGUGUGUUUGUCGAGGGUUCAAUUGUUGCCCUGUAAAGAAUGGUCUCCCUAAUGGCACUUUUUGUUUUAAUAUCUUACAGAAGCGUUGGGGUUGAAAAAGCACUUUGACUUUGCUCGUUUAGUUUGCUUCAUAUCAGACGAGGUGAUUGUACUUUAACAUUUUCCAGGCGCCUCGAUGUUAUGUUUUGGUCUCUGAAAGAAAAAAGGAAAGGCUAUUAUUAUUAUUAUUAUUUUUGCUAAAUGUGUUCUCGUAUGUCAGAGUCUUUUGUUGAAGGACUUUGAUGCCAGCUGGGUGUAUCUUAAGGAAUGACAAUGUUCUUUUCUGUCAUCUCUGUCCUCCACCCACCACCCCACCCUAUUUCCAAAGGAUAAUCAAAACUAAUAAUUAUGUCCACAUGAUGUCCAAAGCAAACAGCACUAACGACAAAGUGAUGCAAGCUAAGUCAUUUAAUUUGCAUGUGAUAGUUUGACGAUGUGGCAGUAAUAUUGGAUGUAACAAAUGCUGAUGUCAUCACUUGCAAUUAAAGUUGUUUUGUAAAACAGA